ACCCAGGAAUAAAUAGGAUGAAAGCCAUGGCCAGAAGUUAUUUUUAUUGGCCAUCAAUGGACCAUGACAUUGUCGAUUGGGUGGACUCGUGUCAUUCAUGCCAGAUAGCAGCUAAGUCUCCAACUCACAUCAAGUCGACCAGCUGGCCAGAAGUACCAGGUCCGUGGUACCGCAUUCAUGUCGACUACGCGGGACCACUCAACGGGGAAUGGUACCUGGUGAUUGUCGAUUCGUUCUCGAAGUGGCCAGAAGUGAUUCCAACGAGCAGUACAACAACAACGGCAACGAUAAGUAUACUGCGUAACAUAUUUGCUCGUUUUGGCAACCCAGUAACACUUGUGUCGGAUAAUGGUCCACAAUUCACUAGCACAGAUUUUGAAUCUUUUUGUAGGCAAAAUGGGGUUGAGCACAUCAGGACAGCGCCGUAUCACCCGCAAUCCAACGGGCAGGCUGAAAGGUUUAUCGACACCUUUAAGCGCGCUUUGAGGAAGAUGUCAGCCGAUGGUCUCACGUUACGAGAAGCUCUGGACACCUUCUUGCAGACCUAUCGGGCCACCCCGAACGCUCAGCUGAAUAAUUCGAAAACUCCUGCCGAGAUUAUGCUAGGCAGGCGUCCCAGGACCUUGCUAGAGCUGUUAUUGCCGCCACGUCAAGCUUCACAAUCGAGUGCUGGUCUACGAGUUCGUGAGCUGAAUCCCGGUGAGCUGAUCUACGCUAAGGAGUACCACCUGAACGAUUGGAAAUGGGUCACUGCUACGGUGGUCGAUCGGCAAGGCAGAUACAUGUACCUGGUUCGGACUGCUGAGGGGAAGACGUUCCGUCGACACAUUAAUCAGCUACGUCGGCGUAUCAGCGACAGUUCGUUUAAGGACACAACACGGGCCCAUUCACCACUACCUUUGGAUCUGUUAUUCGAUGCUUGGCACUUUAAUCCGUCACCAGUACCUGCAUCAUCGGGCCAGCUAGAAGCUCAUAAACCGUCCUCACCGCCAGCGCCUGUGUCGUCCUGUGUUGUACCAUCUAGUAAUUUUAAUAUUGAGAGCAGUCGUCCAACACUCAUCAAAUGUCCACGAAGAAGAGCUACAUCCCGCAGAACGGAUCAAACAAUCGAUUCGGUACAUGAACCACGUCGCUCUUCUCGCAACAGAAGACCGCCCAGUCGGUUCGAUGUGUACCGAACGUUUUAAGGAGGGAGAUG